AAGCAAGAGGACAAGAAGGUGGGACAAUAAAAGAAGGCAGCCGAUGGUGGCGACUAAUCCAUCCCGCGCUGCAAGCUGCCAUCCAUCCAUUCCAAUAUUCCAUUCCCAUCCAAUGGCGCUCUCGCUCUCCCUGGCGCCGCCAGUAGCAGCAGCCGCCGGCAGCAGCAGCAGCUGCCCGAGCUUCCUGCGGCCGGCGGCGGUGGCGAUGAGGCGUGGUCGGAGCAGUAGGGCGCGCGGCAGCGUGGUGGCGAUGGCCGACCUGCUGGGCGACUUUGGCGCGCGCGACCCCUUCCCGGAGGAGAUCGAGAGCAAAUUCGGGGAGAAGGUGCUGGGCAACGUGGACACCCUCCACCAGAUCCUCAUCCCGACCCUGUCGGCGCUCUCGCUGGCUCGCCUCCCGCUGCAGCCCGACGCGGAGGCGCUCUCCCUGGACGACGCGCGCCGGCUGCUCCUCAAGGUGGUCGGAUGGAGGCUGGUGCUCUCCGACGACGAGCAGCGGCCCGCGCGGCUGCAGUGCGUCUGGAAGGUGCGCGACGAGUCCUGCGGCCAGGAGCUCAUCGCCAGGAUCAACGCAGCGCUCGACGGUGCCGGCCACGCGCCGGCAGCACUGGUUUGGGAGGCCCCCAGCAGCCAGGUGAGGGCCGAGCUCUCAACGCCCUCCGGCGCCGGCGACAGCCUCACCGUCAACGACUACAUCGUCGCCGCCAGGAUAGACAAAGUCAGGACGCUCGAUCUUAUCCCCAAGAAGCGAGUCUGGGCAUGAAAUGCAAUUGGAUCUUGAUCUUAUUUAUCUAUCCCUUCAGUAAAUUAUUAUAAUUACUUACGAACGAACGAGUGAAUGGAAAUUUUUGCAAUUCCUCCU